AAACACCACUGCGCUCCUGAACUGGUGGUGGCGGUAUAGCGGAGUCCACAGUAGAAGAUAAUCCGGACCGGAAGUUAGACCGGAAGCAGAAAGACGCUGAUGUAGCUAGCCAGCAGUCUGGAUUAGCUGUCCACGUAAUUUUGUUGGAAAUUCGUCAAAUAUCACAAUGAUACGGUUGAAAAAUAUGCUGUGACGUUGCCAAACUUGAACUGUAAACACGGAGCAGGCAAUAUUUCCAACUAGUAUUUUUAUAGUUUUGUAAUCGGGUUUAGCAAAGCAGUUAGCUAGCUUCCUGGCUGCCGUUAGCCUAGCUAGCUAACCUUUGUCAAAUUGUAAUGUGCUACUAGUAGCGAGGCUGUUUAAUUCGCUAGCUAACUAGCUAACGUGACCUCGUGGUGAACAUUUUCAUUUCAGAGAAAGGACGUGGACGAUUUCAUUUCCCGCUACAGCAUUUAGCUGCUUCAACAAUUCCUGAAGGAUUCAAGAUGGAGGAGGACUUUGGUGGGCCGUCCCCAUCCUGCUCAACUGAACCCCAACCAACGCUGUCGCUGGGUCCUGACUGUAACCGCGGUGACCGGGACCACACACCGCAGGGGCAGGAGAUUGGUUACCCUGGAGGCCUUGACAGCUUCAGUGAAAUACCUAGAUUUAACAUCGUAGUCAAAGAGGAGGAGGAAGAUUUAGAGGAGUGGAGUUUUAAUUAUACAGGAGAGAGUCCAAACCCCAGCUCUAGUGAUGAGGCGUCAGCUGAACGAUGCCAGGAGAAUCGCACAGCUAAGAAGACGUUUUACCGCUGCCCGGAGUGUGGGAAAGAGUUUCCUCACCCAUCAAAACUACAGAGACAUCUUAGAACGCACACAGGAGAGAAACCAUAUCCUUGCUCUGUGUGCGGGAAGAGAUUCAGUGAUACAGGGACCCUCAAAACACACGAGAGGUUGCACACAGGAGAGAAACCGUACAUUUGCCCGGAAAAGAACUGUUGGAAGAGGUUUGUCAGCCAAGGAGAGUUAAAACUACACCAUCGGACACACACCGGAGAGAAACCUUGCCACUGCUCUGUGUGCGGGAAGAGUUUCUCACGUAUGUGGCACUUGAAGGUCCACAUGAUGACGCACGCCGGAGAGAAGCAGAAACUCAGCAUGAAAAAACCUUUCCCAUGCUCCGAGUGUGAGAGGGGCUGCAACUCUGCAGCAGAGCUCAAGAUGCACCAGAGGAUGCACACUGGGGAGAGACCAUACCAGUGUUCCACAUGCAAAAAGACCUUUGUUUUCCCAAGCUCUCUAACAAGACAUGAACAAUCCCAUAUAAGCGAAGCGAAUAGUACCGCCAAGCCGUACAGCUGCUCAGAAUGUGGGAAGGAAUUCACUCAGCCAUGGACCUUAAAGAUACACAUGCGCCAGCACACCGGAGAGAAACCGUACCACUGCGCUCAAUGCGAGAAGAGGUUCUCCUCGUCGUCACUCCUUAAAAGACACCAGAGGGUUCACACCGGAGAGAAACCAUUCCAGUGCUCCGACUGCGGGAAGAGUUUCUCCUCGUCAGCGAAUAGAACCAGUCAUCGUCGUCGUAUCCAUGAAGGUAUACAGGGUGGGUCACAGCGGCAGGAGGCCACCUCUGUGGACGGUACCAGUACGGUUGAACCCACAGUUGUAGAGGAGUCUGGUCUCAGUCUAGUGCUAGAUGUCAAAGUAAAAGAAGAGGAGGAAGAUCCUGCUUUUGCAGAGAGACCUGACCAUUGCUCUGAGAGUGAGGAGAGUCCCUCUACAUUAGGAGGAACUGACCAACACCAGGAGAACAACAAAGCUCUGGGCCCUCACAUCUGCUCAACGUGUGGAAAAGAACUAUCCAGCUCCUACAAACUAAUGCUACACCAGAGAACACACACAGGAGAGAAGCCUUACGAGUGUAUGGUGUGUGGGAAGGGCUUCUCCCAAGCCGCAAACCUCAAGACGCACCAGAAAGUGCACAGUGGAGAGAAGCCGUACCCCUGCUCUGACUGCGGGAGCAGGUUUACUCACAUGGGAGACUUGAAGAGACACCAGUUGUUGCACUCGGGUGAGAAACCUUAUAGCUGCCCUGAGUGCGGGAAGAGUUUUUCUCAGUUGGCGCACCUAAAAUCUCACCAACAGACACACACAGGGGAGAAACCUUUCCUCUGCGCUCAUUGUGAAAAGACUUUCUCCACUGCUGCCAAGCUGAAGAACCAUGAGAGAGUGCACACUGGCGAGAGACCUUACUGCUGCUCCUACUGCCCCAAGCGCUUUGCUCUAUCUGGGACACUGGUGAAGCAUGAACGACUCCACACAGGAGAAACGCCGUACCAAUGUGGAGAAUGCGGUAAGGGAUUUGCUCAACUGGUGUCCUUGAAAAUACAUGCCCAGUCACACACUGGAGUCAACUUCUACAACUGUAUCCAUUGUGACCAGAGCUUCUCCACUUCAACCAAGCUGAAGGAACAUCAGAGAAUCCACACUGGGGAGAACCUGUACCAAUGCACCGAAUGUGGGAAGAGUUUCACAAUUGAGUCAAAGCUGCUGAAACACCAGAGAGUUCACACUGGAGAGAAACCGUACCAGUGCUCCGGGUGUGGAAUGAGGUUCUCGCUCUCUGAGAACCUACUGAGACACCAGCGUAACUCUUCAGGGAUCUGUGGUGCUGUGAGCCUUAACCAGGCUACUGAGAGUGGGAUUCUACUUCUACAAGAUGCUGCUGUCUUCCCGAAUAUACUGGUCAAGGCUGGACACAAACCCACAGAGUCUCUGCCUUCUGACCAGAGCCAUAGUGAAUCCUCCACUCAAACUGCUGGGAUGACUGUUAACAUUAAAGAGGAGGAGCAAACACUUGGACUGAAGAUUAAAACUGAAGAACUGGAGGAGGAGGACGAAGAAGAG